UCUUUCUUUCUCUCUCUCUUUCUCCUCCUUCCCUUGUCUAUCUCUCCCUCUGGCUGUCUCCAUAAAAAGUUAUAACAGUGAGAGAAAUUGAAAAGCGCCAUGUCAGUGCGGAGGCGUACCUUGCUCAAGGUGAUCGUUCUCGGCGACAGCGGGGUUGGCAAGACGUCUUUGAUGAAUCAAUAUGUGCAUAAGAAGUUUAGUCAGCAGUAUAAAGCUACAAUUGGUGCUGACUUUGUGACCAAAGAACUUCAAAUUGAUGACAGGCUUGUCACCCUGCAAAUUUGGGACACAGCUGGCCAAGAAAGGUUUCAGAGUCUUGGAGUUGCAUUCUAUAGAGGUGCGGAUUGCUGUGUGCUGGUUUAUGAUGUUAACGUGAUGAGAUCGUUUGACAAUCUUGACAAUUGGCAUGAGGAGUUCCUUAAACAGGCAAAUCCACCUGAUCGCAAGAUGUUUCCAUUUAUAUUGCUUGGAAAUAAGAUUGACAUUGACGGUGGAAAUAGUCGAGUGGUUUCUGAGAAGAAAGCAAAGGAAUGGUGUUCUUCGAAAGGAAACAUACCUUACUUUGAGACAUCCGCAAAAGAGGAUUACAAUGUUGAUCCUGCAUUCAUGUGUAUUGCAAAGUCUGCUUUAGCCAAUGAGAAUGAACAGGACAUAUACUUCCAAGGCAUCCCUGAGGCGGUUACCGAGAGCGAGCAAAGAGGUGGCUGUGCAUGUUGAAGUGGGAUAAAUUGAUUUGGCAGACUGGUUUUUGAAGUUGCCUAAUUCAUUCCCUUCCCCCUUUUUGGGUGGUCCAUUGUGAUUCAAUUUUUUUGUUAUCUUACACGAUGUAUACUAAAGCUUUCGAGAUUGAGAUGUUGCUUGACCGUUAAAUUGCCAUUUUGAGAAGUAUUAUUUUUGGUAAAGAUGAGUUGUGAAUCCAAACUCCAAACAUGUAGAAUUGCAUCGAUUGAUUUACCAAGAACAGCUGGUGUGUCUUGGUUUAAGAAUUGGAUGCUUUGGAAUCUAGUUCUUGGAAGUUUUGGACUUGAAAAUGGAUCUUUAAGUUUGGGUAGUUUAUAAUAAAGUCUCCAUUUGGUAAAA